AAACCAUGAUAACAAGAGGAUCAGGCCAGUCAACUGUAGUGGGAGUCGCUUAGCCGAGCGCGUCGUGUCACGUCUGUACCCGUCUACGUGCUGCUCACAUUGCGUCCACCGGAAAUGACAAGAGACGCGAGUGCCCGCGAUAGAGAAGUGCUUGUGCACCUGUUGUACGAGGACGAGGCGGAGUCUUGCCGUCACCAUGUGACGUCACCAGGCUCUACAGAGACGUUGCUGGGCAAACCGGGGAAAGUGAAAUUUAACAGCUUGUUGACAGAGAAGCGGAUUUUGGUGGUGGCGGUUCUGGCAGUGGCGGUGGUUUGCUGCGCUGUUUUCAUGGUCCAUUACUUCGCCAGCGGGGAGUCCGAUGAUGACAACUUUGUACUCUUGGCGCCGGAUGUCACCAUGCCCCUCGCUCCGUCACCUUCCAUCCUGGGACAGUUCCGGUCAGCGGCCGUCGUCAGCAACGGUCAGCCGUGCGCCGUCAUCGGCAAAGAGGUGCUGGAGAAGGGAGGUUCAGCAGUGGACGCUGCCAUAGCCACGCUGCUCUGUGACGGAGUCUGCUGCCUCCACAACAUGGGGCUGGGCGGCGGCUUCCUGAUGACGGUGUACGACAAGGCGGGAGGCAAGGUGGAGACGCUGAACGCCAGGGAGGCCGCCCCUGCCGCCGCCACCUUCGACAUGUUCGACGGAAAACCUACUCUCUCGACAAUAGGUGGAUUGAGUAUAGCAGUGCCAGGCGAGCUGAGAGGGUACCAGACCGCGUGGGAGAAGUACGGCAAGCUAUCCUGGGUGGAGCUGUUCCGGCCUACCAUUAGACUGUGCGAGGAGGGCGUCCCAGUCAACGAGCAUCUGGCCAGGAAUCUGAAGGAGAAAGAGGAGGACAUAAGGAGAAGCACGACAUUGAGCAACCUCUUGCUGUAUGACAACGGAGAACUGCCCAAGCUGGGAGACAAGAUCAAGAUGCCUCUGCUUGCCAAGACGCUGAAGAUCGUGUCCGAGAGUCCCAGGAUGGCUGAUGAGCUCUACGAGGGCACGCUGACGAAGAGUCUGGUGGAUGACAUACGAGGCGCUGGAGGCAUCAUUACUGCCAAAGACUUUGCUGAUUACAGAGCCAAGUGGCAACCUCCUGUCCAGGCUCGACUCUCCGGCAACCUCACCCUCUACUCCGUCCCUCCCCCGGGCUCCGGACUGCUGUUGACAUUUAUGCUUCAACUUCUGGACGGCUUCGUCACCGAGGCCCCGAGUGAAGUCGAGGUCACCCAGCGGAUCACCGAGGCCUUCAAGCACGCUUACGGACGUCGCACGGACAUCGCAGAUCCCGACUACUACAACAUAUCUCAGGUCAUGUCAGACCUAACGUCGCCGGAGUACAUUGCGAAGAUCCGGUCUAAGAUCUCGGAUACUUGGACGUCUGAGGACCCGAAGUUCUACGGUGGCCACUACGACACGCUGGAGGACCAUGGCACUGCCAACAUUGUAGUAUUAGCCCCCAACGGUGACGCAGUCGCUGUCACAAGCACCGUCAACCUGCUGUUCGGGAGUCAGUUCGUGUCUCCCAGCACGGGCAUCCUCCUGAACGAUGAGAUGGACGACUUCUCAGCGCCUUCCAUCACCAAUUACUUCGGUCUGCCCCCCAGCCCAGCAAACUACAUUGUUCCUGGCAAACGCCCUCUCAGCUCCAUGUGUCCGUCGCUGGUUGUCGACUCCAACGGUGACGUCAGGCUGGCUGUUGGGUCUGCUGGGGGCACCAAGAUCACCACCUCCACUGCGCUGGUGACAAUCCUAAAUCUCUGGUACGACAAGAAUAUCAAGGAGGCGAUAGACCAUGCGCGGUACCACCAUCAGCUCAUGCCUAUGACAUUUGCGUACGAGUAUGGAUUGGUUAAGGACGUUGUGCAGGGCAUGAAAAGGAUAGGCCACAAGGUGACCAGGAUGCCGAUCGCCUGGAGAUCCUGCGUCACCGCCAUCGCCAGGAACGGGUCAACGAUAACGAGCAACUCGGACUUCAGACGUCCCGGAAGAUCGGCAGGAUUCUGAACCCACGAUAACGAUAAGAAAUAGUUCGGUAAUUUGACCCACUAUGGCCUUUAAAAGGCAUCUACUUCCUUCACCACUGAGAAAUUGAAAAGACUUGAAAUCCUAAUAAAGAUGAGUUUGGUUCGUUCUUGUGAACGUCCAAACCCUAUCUAUACUUUGUUGUUCUUAUCAUACUAAAUUAUGUUUUACAAAAUAAUGUAAUCGAUAUUUUUCUGUUAGUUUUCAUAAUUACUGGUGACGUAAGCCUCGACGUGUCUAUUAUAAUUGGAAGAGAUAAUGUGCUGCACACCGGGCCAUCAAUACUGUAAUACCUGCACUUAUUAGACUACCGAAACUUGUUGUCUUGUAGAUGUCAUCAUUUAUGUUUGAAAUUACUGUCAGGUCUGCCGUCGGACGGUGUUUCCAGUCUGACUGUGACCUUUUAGUGGAAUUUAUAUCCACUUCCUCUGUGUCGACCUUUGUGUGUGCACUCUAGCGGCCUUUGGCUGAAACAUAUCAAGGAGGGGAAAGGGGGGGGGAUAGAGGGAAAAGACUCUGGGUGUUAUAAAGAAGGUGCCUUUGCUGUAAAACAGCGAGAGACAAGAAGAUGCAGUACACUUUUCACUUUGUGCAGACAUCUUUCCUUUUGCUUGCAUCUUGUGCUCAACAGGUCCACAAUUCACUAUCUUUUUGUUUGACUGUACACUCCUACUAAUUGUAGUGUCCUCUUGGUUUGGCUGUCAGCUAAUUAUAUGGUAUGUAAAUGAUGGCUGGAGUUUUGAUGGACUGCAGUAUUAAGAUGAUACACAUACAAGGUUUACAGUUCUGUAAUCCGGUGGUCAGUGGUCAGUAAACUUCUGCGCAGUUAUACCUCACAAAGUACUGUACAGAGUCACACUUUAAAUGUUUAUCUUAGUUUAGUUUAUAAGAUAUAAUUAUUAAAUACUACUUUAUCACUUAGUGUAACUUGCUUGUUAUUAACCGGCAAGUGAUUUUUUUUUAAUGAAAAAUUCUUUAUUAAAAAAAAAAAUAAAGAAUUUUUCAUUUCAUUAACCGGCAAGUGGUUUAUCUCAGUGGUUGUUAAUACAACAGUAGAAUUUCUGGUUGUAAGCCUUUUUGUUUCAUACCAACAUGAAUAAUGGCCAAGUUUUUGACCAACUCCCCCGAUCUACACGUUAUUUCAUAUGUUUCACAGUCACGUGUAGAAUCACUUACUCUGCAGACGUUCUGUAUGUACUUACGUCACACCCAAUUAACCUAUACUUAUAUAAUAUUAGGUUUAUGUUCAUUCUUCCCGUAUUUGGAUGACGAACAGUAUAAAUUAUAUGUUGUCUGGUUAGCAUAAUAACUUUUAUGUUUUAGGCCUUAUUUUUGCCCUCAUUUUUUGCGAAGCAAGGGAAAUUUACAUGCAAAACAAAAUAUUUAUUCCAAACAAUUGUGCCACACAGUAUUGCUUAAUAAGUGUGUUACUAAAUAUAAAGUGUACAUUACUCACGAAAUUUUAAGAUUACUUACCAAACUAUAAAAACAUUGACAAUAAAUAUAUAACAAUUGAAAUGGACAACUAAAUUGGAUUGCGCGUAGUACACACAGUUUAUUCCGUUAUUUAUCAUAAAUUUAAAACAAAUUAAGUAUUACAAUCUAUUAUUACCUUUUAUGAAGCUAUCUCUUAUGUAUUUUGACAUUUUUCUCUUCACGUCGGUUUUUAUGAAACAAUUUUUUUCAAUUCCGCCAUUUUUAAAUUAUUAAUAAUAUUUUUUUAUUUCGGCAGAAAGUAACAUUCAAACAAAAUAACAGUACAUAGUUUUACAGCAACUUUGUUGUUUUUUUCAUGUUUGAAAUUUUUUUCAUAUUUUUGACACCUAGCAUAGGCUAUAUAACAUAGCUUAAAUAAUUAAUACAAUAAUUAAUACUUUUUAGUCCAGUGGAGAAUUCACUAAUAGAUCCACAUGACAUAAACUUUGACGACGCUUUUAUAGAAUUUUCUUCAUAGGAAUAUACAGCAGUCAUUACACUACGCUGCAAUGCACUCGCUAUUGAUUAUAUCUAAUUUGGUUAGUACAAAAUUGGUGUAUUUUCUUUUAAUUCAUUAAAAUCCAAUAAAAAUUACUUGUAUAAGAAUUGAAAUUUUUUGUCAGCUUUAGUGGAACAGUGUUCACAAACUCACAAACAAAUUUUUAGUUGACUCAAAUUGUUUCGGGCCAAGAGGCUCAAGAUAGUGAAAUCCUACCCCCCCCCCCCCCCCCCCACGAUGUAGCCGUAGUCUGUUAGUAUCUUAAUUACGUACAUCAGCAAGAUAAUAGAUUUGCCAGUCGUAAUUGCAGUCAAACCUAUGUGACAACAAGUAACAAUGUUAGGAGAUUAGACUAAAAAGCUGAAGUUUGUAAAUUAGUUUUUAAGAAACGGUCGUUUUUAUCCUUAUCCCGCUUGUCCUCAUGGGCUGUUUUGGGAUUUAUCAAACAAAAUAAGGAGAGUCGGUGCAGUUCAAGGUCAACAGUGCGAGUAAAAAUUGCUUCCGUCGCAGACAGGAUUGGAACCUGUGCUUUCUCUUAACCCAGAUUCAAAUUCAGCAUUACGCCUAAGAUCUGACACCGGAUCUCCUACAAGGAUAGAACCAUAAAUCAAGGAAAUGUCAAUGUGUAGGCUUAGGUUAGGGUAAUUUGAAUAUAAAUUAGUAUUUUAAUAAGUACUGCAUGAAAACAAGACUGCAAUUAGUUUUCACUACGCAAUUGUCUUAUUUCAAAAAUAUCAGAAGUAUUAAUAAACUCUGAAGUAGAUGAAGCGAAAUAUAUCUUGCGUGAAAAUGAAACGUUUAAAUUCUCUUUGUUCAUAUCCCAAAUACUUACCUAAACAAACGAAGAAUAGCUCCAUAAGUUCGUCAUCCAAUUACAUACAAUUUCGUAUGAGAUGUCCUAAAAUGUCAUGAUUUGUCUUAGCAGUGACUCUGUCCAAACUUACUCGAUAUUUAUUUCAUAUUUUACACUGUAUAUUUACUUCGAUAGAGGAUGAAAAUUAAUGCUAUAUUAUAAAUGAGUGUCAUUUCAACAGCGUAUUGAUCCGUAAUAUUUGCUGCAUCGAGUUUUCACUCGUAAAAAAUUUAGUGCUAGUGUUUUUUAUGUUGAUAAAAUUGUGAUAAGAGUAGUACUAUACAUCUUAUCAAGAAGAUUAUAAGAGAAAAUAUAUUUAACAAAUUGUGUACGGAAUAUUUAUUGAGAAUUAUAAGGAAUAAUGUGAUAUUAGUUAUAGAUGUGUUUGUACAUAAAUAAAGUGCUAUGUAAAUUUGGUUGAGGUUAGGAUGUUGGUAUUUGUAAUAUGUUUUGUAAAUAAAGUCAUAAUAAAAUUAAAUUAGUGAUGA